AUGUCACAAUUUUCUUUUGCACACCUUCAAGCCAAUAUUAAAACAAACAUUUUUAAAUUCAUGAGGUUUCCACUUAAUUUGGCAUUAUGCAAUAGAGGAUGGUCUAAUGUCGCAAGAGAUCCGCACGCUAGAACUGA